AUGUUACGGGAUAAGCAAGCAACAUCACUAGUUCAGUCCUUUCAAGCGCAAGCUAGUACUCCAGAUGCCCAUUUCCUAAACGUCCGGCCUUUUUAUACUGUUCCUAAAAUGGAUCCUUGGCAUUCAUCAGCUGGAAAGGUCAUUAUAAUCGGUGAUGCAGCACAUGCCAUACCACCUUCGGCGGGCCAAGGAGCAAAUCAAGCCUUUGAGGAUGCUUACAGCUUCGGAAUGCUCGUGGCAACGCUCGAUGGCAAAGUCAGUUGGCUGGACGCCUUGACGGCUUGGGAGGCAUAUAGGAUGGAGAGGAUGGAGAAAGUGUUGGAAUUGACCAACCGGGUUCUCACUAUCAGGAUGACGGAUGAAGAAAGGGCGAACCUAUCUGAGCACAUGAGGUGGGACGAGAUUGAUGGGAGGAACGCGGGCAAGUCGGAGCUAGGGUGGUUAUAUCUUGUAGACAUCGAUCGUGAUGUUAAGAAUUUAAUAGGGACCCUAGAAGCAUGA